UAAAAGUUUGGAUUUCUUAAAUGUUUAUUAUCUUGUAAAAAUGAAAGAGAAAAAGCAAAAGAAAAUGAGUGAAAAAGAGGAAAAGAAGAUUGCGCGAAGGAAAGGUUUCAAGCACAGAAGGAACGAUGGUGAAACUAAGGCUAAGAAAUAUGCAAGUGCAAAACCAGUUUUAUACAAUCAAAAAUUCUCAACACCUUUGAGACGGAAACGUCGAAAUAAAUAUGACGCUGCUGAAGAAGCCAGAUUGGAGAAAAUAGUUUUUGGCGAUCCAAGCGACAUCAUAAAUAAUUUAUCAGACAAUGAAUCUGCAACCGAAGACAAAUUUGUUGACGGUGAGACCAUAGGUGACAAUAAAGAUGAGAGUAAAUCAGAGAAAGAUGUUGCAGAUGAACCGGAUCAAAAGAAAGCAGCUUGGGUAGACGACGACGAUGGUGCAUAUACUGUGAACGCAGCUCUGGAUGCACAGAAUCGCAAAUUAACUGUCGCGAGGCCGGAAAAAUUGUAUGCGACGUACUUGGAGAACAGAUACAAGCUGUUUGUGGGUACUCCAAAGUGGGCCGAGCUCGACAAGAAGGAUAACACCGAUGAUCUAGAUAACGAUAUUUUGAAGCAUAGUUGCCACUUGGAGGCACCUAAGGUGAAGAAUCUGCCGAAGAACGUCGUCGAUGUCAAGGCGCUCAAAGCCUUAAAUAAGAGCGCGCAUGUGGAGGGUCCUGUUACGAGCGUAGAAUUCCACCCGUCUUCUACGGUAGCGCUAGUUGCUGGUGCAUCGGGUGUUUUCUCGCUGUUUCAGGUGGAUGGUCAUACAAACGGUAAACUGCAUAGCAUGCAAUUUCAAAAGUACCCGAUCAGUAAGGCAGUGUUCAUGAAGGAGGGAUCCGAGGUCCUGUUUGGCUCCCAAUUCUAUCCGUAUUGCCACACUUACAAUCUGAUGAACGACAAGACGUAUAAAAUACCUUUGCCGCAUGGGAUUACGAACAUGAAGCAAUACGAGGUAUCGCCCGAUGGCAAAUUAAUCGCGUUGUGUGGAAGACGUGGCGAGAUAUAUUUGCUGCACAGUGCCACUAAGGAGCUCGUCCACACGUUCAAGAUGAACUCGAAGUGCAGGACAUUAGCGUUCACGCCGAACAGCAGAACGCUCAUCACGCACGGUGACGGCAGUGAGAUGUAUGUGUGGGACCUCAACACUCGCACGUGCGUGAACCGUGCUCUGGACAACGGGUGCUUGACCUGCAUGUCGCUCGCCGUGUCACCGAGCGGCCAGUUCGUGGCCACGGGCAGCAGGGAGGGUGUGGUCAACCUCUAUAAAACGGACACGGUGAUGGGGAACCGGGCGCCCGAACCGUUGAAGAUCAUGACGAAUCUCGUGACUAGCAUCACGAGCUUGAGGUUCAAUCCGACGUCGGAGAUACUGAGCGCGGCGUCCGUCGACAAGCACAAUGCAUUCAGGAUGCUGCACCUACCGUCGUUCACCGUGUUCUCCAACUUCCCGACGUUGCAAACUAACAUAGGCACGCCGCAGACGAUCAGCUUCUCCCCCGGCAGCGGCUACCUCAGCAUAUCGAACAGAACGGGUUCCGCGCUGUUGUACAGACUCGGACAUUACGGGAAUUAUUGAUUUGGUUGUUAAGAUUUUUUCCAAAAUGUUCCGGCGAAGAUUUUACAGAUUGUACAAACCUGUGCCUGGGCAAUGUUGGAUCGGUGUAAAAUUACCUUUUCGUCAAAUAUAUUUUAACUGAUGCUUAUGUUUGCUGCUGUUUGUUUAUUGAUGCAAUUAAUAUUACAAAACACGUAAAGCUGUGUAUGAUACGAAGCAGACGUAACUGCUCAACGUUGUACAUAUGUCGGAACAAAAUUACAAAAGUGUGUAUAUAUAUAUAUAUUUUUGGAAAGUGGAACUGCUCAUGUAUUACGUUUUAUUUACAAUAUCACAUUAAUUUACAGUGUUUCAUAUUCAAUUUAUUUAUUUAUACAGCAAAGAAAAUUAAUUUCUUAGCUUCAUCCCUUAUGGAAUAAUUUACGUUUAUUUGUGAUUCUUCCAUAUUAAACAUUAUUAAUCUCAUCGAUGCUAGGACUGACAGAAAUUAUAACUUUCGAUAUUUAUAUUGAGAUUUCUCAGCUUUUAAAUAUUACCUGAUUUUAUAUAAUACACAGUGUACAAUGUACUACCACUACUGCUACAAAAAUUCUCAUACAGUUCUUAUAUAAAAUAUAAUAAAAAUUAUUAACU